GAACUACCUCCAAACAAAGAUCUGGUGCAAUGGUACAGGAAGAAGUGGGGUGAAUGCGAGGCAGACCCACAAAGGAGAAAAGAAAUAUCCACUGCAGUAGAUUCUAUUACAACUAUCCUCAUUCUAGAGAUGAGAAACUGAGGCUCAAAUAGUUAUGGGAAAGUCAUACAACUAGUGAGAAUUGUGAUUUCAGAACCUGUGACACCAUCGUGUUUCUCCAAGAUUUUUUUGCUCCCCCCUUCCCCAGCCUUCCAGAAAACAUGCAUUAGCGAAUCCUGUGGAGGGAGACAGGGAAAUAAUUUGGCUAAAUCUGGCACAUAUUGGACACAAUAAAAAUUGGGUGAAUGGAUGGAAAAAAGGGAUUGGAAAGCAGAGGAGAAGACGUUUGGAUAUCUGUUAUGAGGGUCUCUGCUCGGAUGGGUGGGCUUGAUGGCUCGGCAGACAUGAGUGAUCCAACCUCCCUAAUCCUUACUUUCAAAUCACCUAGUUUACGCUUCACCAACGACCGAGAACUUUUUAGACGAUCCCUUAGCCGCGCUCCAGGGCCGAGAACUGCAUUGUCACUUGUGACCAGCUCCCUGGGCCCGAGUCUGAAGGGCGCAGGCCCAGGCGAGGCAGCGACUGGCGGCGGCUGACCCUGAGGGGCGGGGGCAGCGUGGAGGAGGCGGAGGUGGGCCGUCAGCUCUGCUCCAGCUGUGUUGCAAUGUCCCGCCAGGUGAAGGAUGACUUCUUGCGGCACUACACAGUCUCCGACCCCCGGACCCACCCCAAGGGCUAUACCGAGUACAAAGUGACCGCGCAGUUCAUCUCAAAGAGGGACCCAGAGGAUGUCAAAGAGGUGGUGGUCUGGAAGCGGUACAGCGACUUCCGCAAGCUGCAUGGAGACCUGGCCUACACCCACCGCAACCUCUUCCGCCGCCUGGAGGAGUUCCCUGCUUUCCCCCGGGCCCAAGUCUUUGAUCUGAUUGCAGAAGGUGCAGGCCCCAGUCCUACCCACAUAGGUGAGCUGGCAGCAAUGGAGGCAGAGGCAGAGAAGCUGGACCAGGAACCCUGGGAGCCAGGAGGACAGGAGGAGGAAGAAGAUGAGGAAGGAGGGUCUGCCCCUGCCUAUCUGAGCCAAGCCACAGAGCUCAUCACCCAGGCCCUACGGGACGAGAAGGCAGGCGCCUACCCUGCAGCUCUGCAGGGCUAUCGGGAUGGUGUUCACAUCCUGCUUCAAGGAGUUCCUGGUGACCCAUCAGCUGCCCGCCGGGAGGGUGUGAAGAAGAAGGCGGCCGAGUAUCUAAAGCGGGCAGAGGAAAUACUGCACCUACACCUGUCCCAGCUCCCACCCUGAGAGGGAGGGAGUGGACGCUUCCCCAGGACUCAAGCUCCAGCACUGCCAGCCACCCCCAUCUCCUCUCCCUGGGGGCUGGCCGUAUCUUCUGCUCUUGUAACUCCAGGGGCCAUUUCUGUAUGUAACUGGACCAAGAAUGAGAUAAAUAAUGACUUCUCAGCUCCCUGACCACACCUGUCAGCAUGGACCAGGGACUCACACUUCUGAUCCUACCUGUCUCUAUCUUGAUGUGUGAGCAGCAGCUCUGUCACUAAACUAUCUGUUUACCUAUCUAGAACCGGGGUCUGCAAACUACAGCCCGCAACCAAAUCCGGCCCCCUACUUUUUUGUGUAAGACCCAUGAGCUAGAAUGGUUUUUACAUUUUUUUAAAUAGUUGAAAAAAAUCAAAAGA